GCGGGCCCGGGCCCACGCCGGGCGAAAUCGGACUGGGGGCAGAGCUGGCGCAGGGCGUGAGUGGACAGAGACCCCGCGUGCUGGGCCGGGGCCAGGGGGCGCGAGCCGCCGAGCGGCUCCGCUCCGCCUCCUGCACGCUUGUGCACCUGCCGCGCCCGCGCGGGGACGGGCGUCCUGGGUCCCGCGGGCCGGAGGCGCGGGCUGGGCGCAGGGCGGCCUGGUGGGAGCGGGCGGGUCAGGGUACGCGGACUGCCUCGGAUUUGACCCAGUGGGCCGGACGCGGUGCGGUUGCCCCGGGUUCGAACCCCGCGGCGUGGAGGUCGGGCGGACGGCCUGUCCUUGUGCAGCCGGAGUCCAGAGGGUUUCACUCCGCGUUUGGAGGAACUGCUACCCGCACAGGAAGGAUGAAGGUCAAGCAGCAGAGCUGAAGAAAUCUUCAGAGGACAGCCCCUCUCUUCUCACUUUCCUGUGUUUUGUUCCCCCAUUUCCUCGGUGCCCCACCCCUGGGGGUCCGCAGGCCACGUGCGGCGGCGAAUGGGGGGCGCAGGGACAGCUCGCUGCCUCCUCGCGCGUCCAGGCGCAUGGCUGCGUUCUGGCUAGCGGAGCGGGAGGGUGGACAGAGGCGGAGCCCUGCCCGCGGACGGACUUUCUGUUCCCAGAGGCAGUUCCUUUUCGGUCUGAAAGUGCCCCACGGGCUAAACUCAGGCUGUUGCCAGUCCUGCAUUUGAAGUGAGUCUUCACGUGCACAGUCGCAGUGCGUUCCCUUGGCCCCCUAAAGGUUAACUUUCAACACUAUGGACGCCUUCUGUGUUGGGGGGCCCUCCCUCUGUUGUUUGAAGGACCCAAGACUCAGCCUGUAAGGAACGCACGACUCAGAGGGGCGCUGUGAGACUUAAUCCUUGGAGGAAAGAAGGACCCGCAACCUUACCUGCUGCACUGAUGGAGAUCGUGGCUGCAGGGCAACUGGUCUUCCCGGAAAGCUGGUCCCCUAGGUUCGGGGCGCGCUUGCCCUGCCCCUCCCGAGCCCCUCACUUCUUCUCCAGAGUGAGCGUCCUCAGGAUAUUUAGUAACUUUUAGGUUCCACCAUACAACUUUUCUUCCUUCAGACUUUGAGAAGAAGCCAGUUUAGAAUUCAGACACCACUAUGCAAAUCCUGAUCGUCAGAAAAGCCCUUUCUGAGGAAAAACGGGUCUCAACAAAAACGUCGGCGGCGGACCUGGUGACAGAGACGGAUCACGUGGUAGAGGCCCUGAUCCUGCAGGAGCUGCAGCAGCGCUUUCCCUCCCACAGGUUCAUCGCGGAGGAGGCUGCGGCCGCCGGGGCGAAGUGCGUGCUCACCCCCAGCCCCACCUGGAUCGUCGACCCCAUUGACGGCACCUGCAACUUCGUGCACAGGUUCCCGACCGUGGCAGUUAGCAUUGGCUUUGCUGUAGACCAGGAGCUGGAGUUCGGGGUGAUUUACCACUGCACGGAGGAGCGGCUGUACACAGGCCGGAGGGGCCGGGGCGCCUUCUGCAACGGCCAGCAACUGCGCGUCUCUGGGGAGACAGACCUCUCCAAGGCCCUGGUUCUGACCGAAAUCGGACCCAGACGCGACCCUGCGACUCUGAAGUUGUUCCUGAGCAACAUGGAGAGGCUGCUCCAUGCCGGGGCCCACGGGGUCCGUGUCAUCGGCAGCUCCACCUUGGCACUCUGCUACCUGGCCUCUGGUGCCGCUGACGCCUACUACCAGUUUGGCCUGCACUGCUGGGACCUGGCCGCGGCCACCGUCAUCAUCAGGGAAGCAGGGGGUGUUGUGAUGGACACGUCAGGCGGGCCGCUGGACCUCAUGUCUUGCAGGGUGGUUGCUGCGGGCACGCGGGAAAUGGCAGUGCUCAUAGCUCAGGCCCUACAGACGAUUAACUACGGGCGGGACGAUGAGAGGUGAGGGGAGCAGACAGGGCCACCCCAGGACUGGGCCUUCCCAGGAACCUGGAGCAGGUGUUCCUGACCCCCUUAAGGAGCCGUCAGGCUGGAGUCCGUGCUGUCUGGCUGAGCCCGCGUCUCGGUGGCUUUGGUGUCCGGUGGUUCCUCUCUGUAACCUCACAUAGCCUUGUCCAGGUCAGUCUGGUCCUUCUACAGGGGCCGAAACCCGGAUCUCACAGGACAUAUGUAUUGAUACUGCAAUCUCGAUUUAUUUUUCCAGAACGCAAACUCAGGUAAUAAGGCUUUAGAACUGCUGAUAAGGCAGACUUGUUCUCAGCGACCUCCGCCUCCCCCCGCCCCCGCCAUGGUACUUCAGAAUGCAAUAAACCAGAUGCUGACGCUCUGUGUAUGUUUCCCUGCACAAAUGGGUCGCCUGUUUCCCCAAACGACCCCCCAAAUCCACAGGCUCUUUAGGGUAGUUUGCAUAUUACAGCCCAGACUUGACAUGUUUGCCAUCUGCCUGUUGCCAGUGAUGAAAGCAACCUCAGCGAUAUCACGUCGGUAUUUAAAAUCCAAGAUGUGGGUCAGAGUGAAGAAAAGCUAACAAAAACCAAACCUCUAAAAUGCUAUUGUUUUUGUGAUCAGUUUAAGGAAGAAAAGGAUUUUCUGGGCCCUCUUUUUUCCCUCUUUAGGAGGAGGAAUUAUGUGUAAGAAUAAUUCCAGUGAGGAUAUUCACUAGCUGGCCAAGUGUCUUUUCCGAAGUUUAAGAAUCGAGAAAGUCAGUCUUGGAAGUUCCAACCCACACUUAGCAUUCUCCCUGUGUUCCUAAUUUACCAUCAGCAAUAAUUAGAGUAUUUAGAGCUGCCCCGGCACUUGCUGUCUCUGGAGCCUAAACUCCAGGGCUCGGCCUGUACGAUGAUCCAGGCCCUGUCACCAAACUGCCCUGGAGAGCCCUCGGCAAGCCCGCUGGCCCCACUCCCCUCUGCAGACACCGUGGGGCCUGCUGCCGCCCGCUGCUCCCAGGGCAGGUGCGCUGGUCCUGCUUAUGCACCUGGUGGAGCCCAGGGGGCCUCCCAGGGGGUAAGUCCCUCCCCAAGUCAAUCCCCAGAGGCCUCACCUCCACCUCCCCUUGGGUUACUGAUUGAUACACUUGCUGUAUUUAGGAAGGAGUUUUCUGAUCUGAAUGGGGUGCCAGGUGAACCCCCGAAAGGCACACAGGUCAAGGGCCCAGACACAUGAGGACUGGGGUCUCCCUUGGGACCAGGGAGUCUCAUGCCCACUGUGCACGUGGACCCACCUCUGAUACCCACAGGCUGCGUGCCAAUGGGGGCCUCAGUGGCCACUUGGUGCCCCUGCCACCCCUCGGGGCCUCGAGUCUCCCUUGCAUCCUGACCAGUUUCUGGCCCCUUUUUGACCCCCAUUGAAGGCACACCGUCCUCCAGAGACCACUCCCCACACCAGGACCCUUCAUCUGUGAGUCCGUGAAUAAGCAAGGAGGCUUCCGUGUGCUGGUGUCGGGACUGGGGCCCAUGUAUCGUCCUCCCCUGCCACCAGAUGAGGUGGCUGUGGUUCCCUCCUGGGCACCAGCAUCCACCCCGCCUCUGGGCAGCCUCUAGACCUUGGGCUCCAUCUGCUGGCCCCUGUCCCCCACCUGACCAGCAGGCCCAAGCUCCCUCAGCUGUGGCCAUGCUAUCCAGGCUGGGAGUCCUCAGGCCCAGAGUGGGCACAGCUGUUGAGACACCGCCGGCUGUCCUAGCAAGUGGGUUGUAUGACCACAUAUAGGACCUCGAGUUCUGAAAUCAAUGAAAAUGAUACACCCAAGCAGGGAAGCAGCUUCUGUCUGUGCAGGACUACAGCUCUGCAAAGCUUGAGCACAACAGGUGCAGAGUCUCUAACCGUAGGAUCUAACCCGAGGCAGUGGGAGGAGGCAGCAGAUGGAGCCGUCCCGGGGCUGUGGCUGCAGGGCACACGCAGCCCAGCUUUGCUGUGCAUGUCUGGGGAAGUGCAUUUCUGGUGGCAGCCGAGUCCCCAGCUCCCGCCAAACCCCCUGCAGUGCACCUGAGCCAGCUCUGUGGUCCGUGCACGGACUUGUGAGGUGUUGGCAGGGCCCCACAAGCCGUCCCUGCCCUGGGCAUGUGCGUGGCAUGUGGAGAGGACCUGUCGCCACAGUCUGGUCCUCUCCAGAGCCCCAUGUCGUGUAUGAACUCGCAAACCAACAGAGCCUUGGUGCGUCCACGACGGUGUCACCAGUCCGCCCGUUGACAGCCUUGGUGGGAGUCUUCAUGCAAAGCCUAGGCUGUGAGAAGGGGGUCCACAGAGGGAGGGCACAGGACAGUAGGCAGAGCAGCAGCCAGAUGCCCAGGCGGCUGGGUGGGCAGCCGAAGGUAGGGCUGUUUACUGCCACCGGGUGGCUGGCAGCAGGCGGCAGGUCCCCCUCCCCCCUCGCUUGGCAGGGAGACCACACGCAGAGCCAGAUGGGGCCUGAGUGGACAUGUGGGGCGAGAGGGCUGGAGCUGCCACUCCUGGCUGUCUGGGGUCUCGUCCUGGGCACAUGGACAGCCUUUGCUAUCUCUUGGCUUCGAGAAAAGCCUGAGCUUCUGCUUACCUGGGUCACUGCCAUGGCUCGAUGCUGGUGUGGGUGUUCUGUUCCUGCACUGGCUCUGACGGAUCUCUGGUCGGCAGCAAGGCCAGUGCGGAAAAGGAAAAAAGGUCUGGGCCACCUGGUUUUCUAUUUUUAAAAAACAUGAUGCCAUAUCUGUACACCAGUGUUCACAGCAUCAGUAUUCACAGUUGCCAGAGAGGGAAGCAGCUCAAGUGUCCAUUGAUGGCUGAUGGAUAAACGGAAUGUGGUCCAUCCAUGCAGUGGAAUAUUACUCAGCCUUAAAAGGGAAGGAGAUCCUGACUCCUACCAUGUGGGUGAACAUUCUGCUCAGUGAAUCCAGCCAGACAUGAAAGGACAAACACUGCGGGACCCGCUUAUGGGAGGGACAAAGCACUCAAGUUCAUGGACGCAGGAGUAGAUGGUGAGGGCAGGGGCUGCAGGGAGGGGGUAAUGGGGGUUAUGGUUUAAAGGGUAUGGAUCAACUAUUUCAAUAAAAUUUUUUAAUUGAAAAAAAUAAAGUGUAUAGAGAUUUCACUUUGCAAGACGCAAAGGUUCUGCAGAUCUUUUUCACGAAUGUAAAUAUACUUAACAGUACUGAACUGUAUGCUUAAAAUGGUUAAGAUGGUCAAUUCUGUUACGUGUUUCACCACAAUUAAAAAUAUUUAAAAAUUAUUUUUAAAAUACGACGCAUACUGACCUUACUGUUCUCUCUUUUGGGCACCAUUACUUAUGUAUUUUAUAUUUUUACAUUAUUUUGUAUUGAGGUAUAGUAUACAUACAAUAAAUCGCAUCAUUCCUGUGUUCA